AUGACUGCGCAGCCGGCUUCACACAAACGAGCCAUUUCCAAUAGCAAAGACGUAUCGCCGCCUUCAUCGAAGCGACGACAGCAGUCCACGACGACAAGUUCAGGCAAGGCGGUCGCAAACUUCUUCACGCCAGCAUCCAAAAAAGAGCCCGAAAAGAUGGUGUGGCGUGUCAUCAAAAACAGCCUGCUUGUUGGGCGUUUUGGCGCUGCGACAAGUGCGCACUCAGGUGCGACGGGCAAGCGCAGGGUAGCGGCCUUUGACCUCGAUUCCACACUGAUCAAGUCUGCCUCGGGAAAAACAUUCAGUCGCGAUGCCAAUGACUGGAAAUGGUGGGACAGCAGCGUUCCUGGCCGUCUCAAGGAGCUCCAUGCAGACGGCUUCCUGAUUGCAGUCAUCAGCAACCAAGGCGGCAUCAGUCUCAAGCCCGACCCGAAGACGAUCAAAUCCGACCAAAAGCGUCUAGCCGACUUCAAGACCAAGGUAACGGCGGUACUCAGCCAACUUGAUCUGCCCAUUUCAAUAUAUGCUGCAACGGGCCGAGACCAGUACCGAAAGCCCCGGACCGGCAUGUGGCAGGAGCUAUUGGAGGACCACGACCUAGAAGAAGGCGACGCUAUCGAUUUGGAUGGUUCGGUAUUUGUUGGAGACGCAGGUGGUCGCGAGGCAGCUGGAGGUGUUUUGAAGGACCAUUCAUGUUCAGACAGAGACUUUGCAGCUAAUGUCGGCAUACCCUUCCAUACGCCAGAGGAGUAUUUCCGGCAAGAAGAGCCAAGGCCGUUUGUGCGGACUUUUGACCCAACAAGCUUGGUGAAGGAUCGGAAUCAAGAUUCAACACCUGCACCGUUCACGUUUACCAAGACGGCAAGUCCCGAAAUGAUUGUAUUCUGCGGCAGCCCUGGAGCAGGAAAAUCAACCUUCUAUUGGAAACAUUUGCAACCACUCGGGUACGAACGAGUGAACCAAGACCUUCUCAAGACUCGCGACAAGUGCGUCAAGUCAGCCACGGCGCUCCUCCAGGACGGUACCAGUGUUGUCAUCGACAAUACAAAUGCCGAUGCAGCGACUCGAGGCGUGUGGGUUGCAUUAGCGCAAAAGCUCCAGGUGCCGGUACGCUGCGUGCUCUUUACAGCCUCAGCCAAGCUGUGUGAGCACAACGACGCUUUCCGUGCGCUGAACAUUGGGCUCGAGACAAACCGCGAAUCUCGUACCAUGCUGCCGCACAUUGCAUUUAGCGGCUUCGCGUCACGAUAUAGCGAGCCGAGCGUGUCGGAGGGAUUUGUCGAGAUUACCAAGAUAGAUUUCCAGUUUGAAGGGUCGGCGGAGCAAAGCAAGCUGUGGAGGCAAUUCUGGACAUGA